AUGGAGGUGACCACCGUGUCCCCACCUCCUGCUUCACCCACUGAAGGAGAUGAUCUGUGUGAGACAGAUGUCACUAGUGUGGCCCUACACAGUGUGACACUGCCCAUCAGCCUCUGUGGGCUGGCUGGGAACGGGGCUGUGCUCUGGCUCCUUGGCUCCUGCACUUCAUCCAGGAACAGCACCAUCCUUUACGUCCUCAUGCUGUCUCUUCUGGACUUCUUCUUCCUCCUCAUUAUGUUGCCGUCCAUUCUGCUCUUCCUGCUGGAGGAGGUGUCCUGUUCUAUCAUCAUGCCCUUAUCACACAUAAGGUUUCAUAUCUGGACGUCACUGUUGUCACACAGCUUGUGGCUGUACACGCUGACAUUCAUCAGCAUCAAGAGGGGCAGGUCCAUCCACUGCCCACUCUGGCUCUGCUGCCACCGUUCCCAGCACCUCUUGAAGGUCAUGCUUUUCCUGCUCAGGGCCUUCUUCCUCACUCUCGUCAUUGUCUUUGCCAUGAUGCUUUCUCUGUGCAUGUUCCACCAAUCUGAGGCCUGCUGGAUGUCCCUCAGCUCCAUACGCACCUUCAACCUCCUCCUCUGUGCUCCCUUCCUGCUCAUUUCCCGCACAAUCCUCUUCACUCAUUUCAAGCCUGGGUCCCAGCAGCAGCAACCCAAGAAGCUGGACAUUGUUAUCUGCCUCAUUCUGCUCUUCACCCUGCCCCUCAGUCUCUGCAAUUUCUUGCAGUAUCUCACCUAUACCAUUGUGCCCUCCCAUUUAUUUUUCCUGCUCGCCUGCAUCCACAGCACCAUCAAACCCUUCAUCUACAUCCUUGUGGGGAGGUGUUGGACGCCCUGCACUGUGGGGUCACUCCGGCUAUCCCUCCAGAGGGUCUUUGAGGAGCCAGAAGAAAACACUGCCCACAGCCAUAAUCCUGCCAUGGGAACAGUGCUCUGA